ACAUCCACCUUCUAUCGGUCUCCUCUCUCUCUCUCCAAUCCUCGCUUUUCUAUAAAAGGAGAGAGCAGACAAAUCCAAAGAUUUCAUUAUUCAUCGCCCACUUCCACAGCUCAUCCUUUUUUUUCCUCCAUUUUUCUAAAGUGCAGAUAGAUUGAAUGUUGUGAUCCAAAAUGGGUUCACAUAGUGCUGUUCUACUCCAAGUGUUCAUAGCCCUUUGCCUUGUUGUGUUCCAAAGUUCUGCUGUUAAAGUAGAUGCUGAUCUAAACACAACCCUCACUGUAGAUGCUUCUGAUUCAUCUGGAAGUCCGAUACCGGACACCCUUUUGGGAAUAUUCUUUGAGGAGAUAAAUCAUGCUGGUGCCGGGGGAUUGUGGGCAGAGCUCGUAAGCAACAGAGGAUUUGAAGCUGGUGGACCUAAUACUCCAUCAAAUAUUGAUCCCUGGGCAAUUAUUGGAAAUGUAUCAUAUAUAAAUGUCGAGACUGAUCGUACCUCCCUGUUUGAUCGCAAUAAGAUUGCACUUCGGUUGGAGGUGUUAUGUGACACAACAGGUGACAAUAUCUGCCCAACUGGCGGAGUUGGUGUCUAUAACCCUGGUUUCUGGGGCAUGAAUAUCGAGCAAGGGAAGAAAUACAAAGUGGUCUUCUAUGUUCGUUCAACAGGAUCAAUCAACUUAGUAGUGUCAUUCACCGGAUCAAAUGGUCUGGGAAACCUGGCUUCAGCUGAGAUAACAGGUUCUGCUUCUGAUGUUUCAAACUGGACAAAGGUAGAGACCAUAUUGGAGGCCAAGGCAACAGAUCACAAUGCAAGACUUCAAUUAACAACAACCACAAAAGGUGUGAUAUGGUUCGACCAAGUGUCGGCUAUGCCCCAGGACACAUAUAAGGGACAUGGUUUCCGGAGUGACCUUUUCGGAAUGCUAGCAAAUAUGAAACCAAGAUUUAUCAGAUUUCCAGGUGGUUGUUUUGUUGAAGGAGAAUGGUUAAGAAAUGCGUUUCGAUGGAAAGAAAGUGUUGGGCCAUGGGAGGAGAGACCUGGCCACUUUGGUGAUGUUUGGAUGUAUUGGACUGAUGAUGGACUCGGCUAUUUUGAGUUUCUUCAACUAGCAGAGGAUUUGGGUGCAGCACCAAUUUGGGUGUUUAAUAAUGGUAUCAGCCAUCAAGAUCAAGUUGAUACAACUGCGAUGGAUGGUAGCCAUUGA